CACCACUUGUCGUAUGUCUUCUCUGGACGUUACCGUUAACCAGCCAGUCGAUUCAAGUGUCCUUCGCUUGCCUGUCACUAUGUUUCUACAUGUGUGCCUUGCGUACUUUGCUGUUUUCCUGACUUGUCUGAACGCGGCAACAGCUCAGACCUGUGACCCCAAGUGGACCAAGCUCGACCCACAGCACACCAUGUGUCUCACCGACGUGGGUGUCGCGGUGCCGCUGGACGCCGCCACCAAGGCCGCUCUGGUGCAGCAACACAACGACCUGCGCGGCCAAGUCGUGCCGCUCGCGGCGAACAUGCCGAAACUGAUAUGGGACGAAGACAUCGCCCGUGGGGCCGAGAAAUGGGCCAAGCAGUGUGUCGUUGGACACGACACGGGUACUGCACGUUUGGUCCCCUCUCUUCCCGGAGUCAACAUAGGACAGAACGGAGCCUUUGGGCAAUCCACAUUUGCUAAUGCAGUUAAGUCGUGGUUUGAUGAGCGCAAAGAUUUCAUUUACGGCACCGGCUCUACUGGAGGUGUAGUAGGGCACUACACACAGGUCGUUGGAGCUAGAGCACAUCGGAUUGGCUGCGGGCAAGCAAAAUGUGUGGGAAAAAAGUAUGAGAGAUACUACUUCUGCAACUAUGCCUUUGGACAACUGUCAGGAGAUGUCUCAAAACCAUACAAAAACUCCACUGUAAGCUGCUCGGAUUGUCCAACCAAGUGUGACACCAGUGGAAAGCUGUGUGACUGUAAGGGCAAACUGUGUCUUAACGGAGGGUCCUUCAACAUAGCGAGUUGCACCUGUACCUGCUCCUCGCUCUACACUGGUGACAUCUGCCAGACGCUGAACUGCCCGAAAAGUGAUCCGUCGCACUGUAACACUCAAUGGCCACCAGCCUACUGUAAAAAGUUCUCCAACGUGCCCCAUGAGUGCCCCUACAUGUGUGGCAUCUGUACUACAAGUGGCUAAUAAGCCUCAUUAACAAGAUGGUCAACUGUAGCCUGCACAGACAGUGGAUUGCUAAAGACCUGUCAACGUGGUUCAGACUGAUGGAGCACUCGCUGACCAGUUGUUAAAAUACCUUGAAUGUCAUUAAAGAAUGACUCAAAAAA